AAGCGUACGCGAUUCUCACGUGGCGGCAAGUUCAAAAUCGUUCCAGAAUACAUAAAUGGUACCUUCGAAAACAAUUUCUCCGCUGCAAAUAUAUUUGAAGAUCAAAACCAACAUUAAAAUGGUUCGCGUCAUUAAUCAAGAAACGUUCGACAGCGUCGUCAAAGAGAAUAUCGAAGAUCUGGACCUGAGCCCUGAGGAGGCUGUUGAAGAUGCCAUCAAACAAUUUAAAGCACAAGGAGUUGAUCUGACGAAUAUUGUGACAAGUUUGCCUGACGCCUCUGAGGAGCAUAAAAUCGUCAACCUCAUAAACAAUUUGAAAACCAUGAACGAAGCAACAACUGGCGACGAGGUGGACAUUCCGAAACUGAAGGACAGUUUACAGGGACUGAAGGCGGAGUGUGACAUUGAUAUCGCCCACAAGGUGAUGGCAGGCAAGGCUGGAACGUACCAGCUGCUGCUAGACCUACUGGAGAAGCAUCAGGAGGAUGACUCGAUAUCCCUUUUAGUCUUAGCCGCUGUCACUUCUCUGAUGACUGGACAGCCAGACCUCCUUACUGAGAGAGGAGUCCAAAGCAUCCUGAACUUGAUAAAGUCUGAGAAUGAGGCAGUGAAAGUCCAAGCUCUGAAAUGGGCUCGUCAGUGUUGUCUUCGGCAUGAGCAGAACAGGCAGCUGCUUUUUGAGUUUGAAAUUGCUCCUCUUCUGACUGAAGAGCUCACCUCUUGCUCUUCCAUUGUUGCCCGGCACAUCUGCGCAGUCCUCAGGUCUCUUAUUUUGGAUGAUGACAUUCGAGUGCCUUUCGGAAAAGCUCACGAACAUGCCAGAAUAAUUGCAUCAGACUUUAAUGCACUCAAGAGCAUUUCUCAGUUGCUCCACACUCACAAAGGAGACAUCGAGACUGUCAAUGAGCUGCUUCAGACCUUAGGUGCCUUGGUUGUGCGAGAGGAAUUCUGCCGAGAAGUCGAAGAGUGCGGAGGUUUGACCUUUUUGCUAGAAAUGAUGAUCACCUACAUGGACGAUGAAAAAAUCAACCGCCAAGCAAUAAAGUUGUUGAAAGCUCUUGCUGGCAGUGACGCAGUCAAGGCAAAAAUUGUCCAAGCCGAUGCCAUUCCCUUACUUAUUUCUGCAAUUGGUAGACACCAGUCAAGUCAGCAGUUGUUCUUGAUUGGAGUUCUUGCAAUUGCUGCAAUAUCUCUGCGCAGCCCUGCAAACAGCGAGGUUUUGUGCAACUUCGGAGUGGCUGAACUCAUCACCCAAGGCAUGAAAGAGCACUUGCAGAACGUUGAAAUUCAGAGAAAUUGUGCCCUGGCUGUGAGAAACAUCGUUUCAAGGAAUCGAGAACUGUGCAAGGAAUUUGUGGACUUAAACAUCGAAGAUCUCCUGAAUCUCUCAGUUCAGACCCAUGGAGUGGCUGUUGAGGAAAACAUCAAAGACGCCCUAAGAGACCUGGGCCUCAAGGUGCAGCUGACUGAAAGAUGGACUGGCACUGGUAAAGGUUUGGAACAGUAAGACAUAAAUAAUGUUUUCUUGCAAUCAUUCCUUUAAAAAAUGUUGUUAUCGCAGAGGGCUACUUUUAAGCACAAAAAGACUAAAUUAAUUGCGCUUAUCAAAUUAAUAAUUUAUUUGUUUUUUUUAUGCUAAAAUGCAAUGCUAACGUCGCUAACAAGCACAAAUAUAAAUAACUUAAAAAAUAAAAUUUGAAGAUCUUAAAAACGUAGAGUAUCAUU